CUUCCCAUACGCUCUUCCCGUCGACACUCUAUCGCAUAGCACAAAGAGCGCACUCCUCAUUCAGUAUACGUAUUCAGUCAAUCAUGGUAUCGAACGUGUUUCCUUUGACCAAUGGCAAGACGACCGCACGGUCCGACACCGGCGAUGCACACCUCUCGUCAGCGGAUGUGAUUAGUUUGGAACAUGAGUAUGGCGCCCACAAUUACCAUCCCCUGCCAGUGGUGUUUGAGUCUGCUAAAGGGGCUAAAGUAUGGGAUCCCGAAGGCAAUGAAUAUAUUGACAUGUUAUCGGCAUAUUCUGCCGUGAAUCAAGGCCAUUGCCACCCGAAGAUUGUCAAUACUCUCAUAAUGCAGGCACAGAAGCUCACACUUUCCUCCCGAGCAUUUUACAACAGUGUAUUCGGACGUUUCGCUCAAGUUAUUACUGAGAUGUUUGAGUAUGACAUGGUCCUGCCAAUGAACACCGGUGCAGAAGCUGUUGAGACAGGCAUUAAGCUCGCGAGAAAGUGGGCAUACAUGAAGAAGGGUGUCCAGCCAGGAAAGGCAAUUGUCCUGAGUGCUGCAAACAAUUUUCAUGGGAGGACAAUUGGUGUGAUUAGGUACGUUAUUGGCCUUUAUGGCGUCCUUCGUCUUAGGCAACACAUUGAGAUAUGGUACAGUAUGAGCACAGAUCCCGAGAGUCGACGUGGCUUCGGGCCUUAUCUUGAGGGUGUCGGUCCGACUUACGUUGACGGAGGCGAAGUCAAAUAUAUCCGUUUCGGAGUUAUCUCGGACCUUGAACGUGCUCUCGAGCUUCAUGGCGGGAAUGUUGGUGCUUUUCUUGUCGAACCUAUUCAAGGAGAAGCUGGCAUUGUUGUCCCAGAAGAUGGCUAUCUUAAGAAAUGCCACGAACUGUGCAAAAAGCACAAUGUACUCCUGAUUUGUGACGAAAUCCAGACGGGCCUAUGCCGCACAGGCAAGAUGCUCUGCUGCGAAUGGGACAACGUACGUCCAGAUGUGAUCCUUCUCGGAAAGGCUCUGUCUGGAGGCGUGUACCCUGUCUCUGCUGUUCUUGCUGAUAAGGAUAUCAUGCUCUGCAUUCAGCCAGGAGAACAUGGAAGUACCUAUGGAGGGAACCCUCUCGGAUGCGCAGUGGCAAUAACCGCCCUCUCCGUCCUCAUCGAGGAGAACCUUGCUGAGCGUGCAAACAUCCUCGGCGAGAAGUUCCGCUCCGCCGUUCGCGCUUUUAACCAUCCUCUCGUCAAAGUUGUGCGUGGACGCGGACUGCUCAACGCCAUCGUGAUCGACGAGUCGCAGAGUACGCGUGGGAGGACUGCUUGGCAGUUUUGUCUGCUGUUGAAGAGUAGGGGUGUCCUUGCGAAACCUACGCAUGUGAAUAUAAUUCGUUUUGCUCCGCCACUCGUCAUUUCGGAGGCUGACCUGCAAAGAGCGGUCAAUAUCAUUAAAGAAUGUCUGUUUGAUCUCGAUAAGCUCGAUGACAUCCCUGGUGAAGUCGACUCUGAGAAAGGUCACGUUGACGAACUCACGAAUUAGUCUGAUCUCUAUUCUGUCAUGGUCGCUAUCCCACGAUUUCGGAUAGUGCAGUUAUGGUGAUACAGUGAUUAAUCGCGGAUGUAUGUACUCUAACGGGCUAGCAGGAAGGUGAAGGAUCUUUGUCUCAUUUUGUUUCGUAACUCGUUACGACGCCUACGACUGUCGAGCUAUUGUCAUCAGACAGAUGUACGUCUUAUACUGUUCGUUGCAUUACUAUAUGCAUGUAUCGUUAGCGUACUCAUAUCCGCUUGAAUAUGAAGUUUUCUUGUUCAC